AUGGACAGUUUGGUGCUCUUCGUGGCCCUCACCCCUGGCCAGUUUCAAGAGUUCCAGGAGAAGGGCUCCUGCAAGCCAGACCAGUUCAGUGGCAGAUUUGGACUGAGGAAGACUGCAGAAGAGGCCAUCGAGAGGUCCCAUUACUUCAUGAAUUGGACCUCGUGGACUUCCUUUGAAAACAUGUAUGACAAGAAAGACUUCGUGCUGCUGAAGAUCACGAUUACGGCCCGGGGUUUCCUGACACUGAUGGAGCAAGACAUCCUGGUUCGCAGAAAGCCCAAUCAGUAUCAACUACAUGGAGACUUGCAGGAACAAGUCAUGGAGGGCGAAAGUUUGCUGUUUCAAGUUGACAAAGAAGCCUUCACAGUCAGCUAG